GCCGUUUUGGCUAAAGGACAUUCGUUGAGGCUUCUUCUGUGUGAAAGGUUUGCUGCUGGAUCUGCCUUGUGGUGACCGUUUUGUCAUCGGUUGGUUCAUCGACAUGCUUCCGCCUGCCUGCAACGGAGCGGCCGAGUCCGCCCCUCCACCGAUCUCCCGGAUCGAGCUCACCAAGAUGCUCAACCAGAUACAGACAGAGGGCAUCGACUUCGUGCGCUUCGAGUUCGCCGAUCUGCAUGGCAUCAGCCGCAGCAAGACGAUUCCGGUGUCCCAUGUGCCCGACUAUGGCUCACAUGGCCUCAACUUCAUCCUCGCUGUGUUUGGCAUGGACCCACUGGUACGCACCCACUGGCCCGGCCGCGGUAGCAAAACCGCGUAAUACAUGGAAUGGCAUGGCAUGUGUGUGUGUGGCUGUGGCUGUGGCAUGGCUAUGCAGGGUAACGUCGCGACUCACGGCAAAGACACCGGCACGAUGGAGGACAUCGGCUACAGCGACGGCACAUGGUUCCCCGACACCUCAACGUUCAGGGUCGUGCCGCACUCGGACAGGACGGGCCGAGUCCUCAUCGACCCCUACCACUUCGACGUCAGCCCGUCUGGCGGGUACAUGCCCUGGCUCAUGGCACCCAGAAGCGUCGCGCGAAAGCAGCUCGACCGUCUCCGGGGGAUCGGCAUCGAACUCUUGACCUCGUUCGAGUAUGAGGUGAGAUAUAUAUAUGGGCGGCAGGGUGGGGGAACGUGGUGGCCUGAUGACUCCCCGCUCUCUGUCUUUCCCCUUGUGUGUGUGCGUGUGUGCGUGUGUGUGUGUGUGUGUGGUCAGUUCUACUUGGUGGAUCGAGCCACCCGCAAGCCGCCCUUCGGCGGCAUCAACAUCUUUAGCACGAUCCGGCUGGCGCAGGAGGAAAAGCUGGUCUAUGAGGUGCUGCGGUCGAUGAAGAAGAUGGGCGUGGAGUGCACCACAGCCAACGUCGAGUAUGGGCCUGGUCAGAUGGAGCUGACGUUCGCCCCUUCGUUUGGCCUGGAGGCUGCCGACAACGCCUUCACCUUCAAAACCGGUUAAUCACACGCACAGAGAGAGAGAGAGAGCGAGAGAGCGAUCUGGUGCAUUCCUGUCGUGUAGGGCGGUGUGUGUGUGUGUCUGUGUGUGUGUUGUAGGCGUCAAGGAGAUCUGCCAGAGGGCGGGCUACAUGGCCUCGUUCAUGACCAAACCCUACCCAGACUGCGGCGGAUGUAAGCAAACGGCCCCACAUGACAUUGACACACAUCAGAUCACUUCACUUGCCUUGCCUGUCUGUCAUCUCUGUCGCUCUGCUCGUGUGUUUGUCGUCUGGCACCAUGGCAGGUGGCUGUCACCUGAACCAGUCGCUGUGGGAUGUGAGCCGGUCGGUCAACCUCACUGGCGACUCCAAGGAGCCGACGGGCUUCUCCCAGACGGCACAGCACUACAUGGCCGGCAUCCUUCACCACGGCCGGGCCAUCUGUGCCUUCUUCAACCCUACGACCAACUGCUCAAAACGGUCAGCCAGCCACUCCACCACACUGCAGCAAGCAAUGUGCCUGCCCCUGUGGUGUGUGUAUGGUAUGUCCGAUGACCUGGUGUGUCUGUCGUAGGCUGAAGGAGAACACCUUUGCGCCGGUGUCACUGUCUUGGGGCAGGCAGAACCGGACGUGCGCCAUCAGGGGGAAGCCCGGCCACAACGCAUACUUCGAGAACAGAAUUGGCGCGGGGGCGUCAAACCCCUACCUGAUCCUGGCGGCCAGCAUCGCUGCUGGUACACACACACACUCACACACGCACACACAGACAGUGAUGAGAAUGCUUGUAUGUGUGUGAGUGUAUCCUUUUUGUGUGUGAUCACGGAUAGGAAUGGACGGCAUCGAGAAGAAGAUGGAGCUGCCGCCCGGCGUCAACGGUGACGCCUACGAGAUGAAGGAUCACCCGCGGCUGCCCUCGUCGCUCGAGGAGGCCCUUGCCGCACUGAAGCAAAACAAAGUAGGGCCCCCCCACACCGCACACACACAGAGAGAGAGAGAGGGGGAGAUGGCCGGUAAUUAUCCAUCCAUCCAUUGUCUGUAUACGGCCUUCGUGUGCGUGUGUGUGUGGUUGUUGGUCCAGGUGUUGUGCAAGGCGCUGGGCGAGGACUUCAUCAAGCUGUUUGUGGCCGUCAAGGAGUGGGAGGUCCGUCCAUCACACUCACUCAGUUCGGUGCUUCCCUUGCCCAUCUGUCUCCCUGUCUGUCUGUCUGUCUGUGUGUCUGUCUGUUUGUUUGUGUCGGCCACCAUCCACCUCAUCAGAUUGAGCACAACAGUGGCGACGAUUGGGAAAUGAAGACCUACUUCGAGAUGCUCUAGACUGGACAAGGAGGAGGGUCUUCAAGAUGGAAGCGGUGGCCUGCCUUUAUCCAACGAUGGACGGAUGGAUGGAUGAGGGCCGUGACGGGAUGGUGUGCCGUGAGGGCCGUCAGGUUUUUUGGGCGCAGGCAUUUGGUGCGCUACCCUGACGAGCCCUUCCACGCAAUCCGUGUGUGUGUGUGUGUGUGUGCGGUUUUUGUCUCCAUCGAUGAUGGUGUCAUCCAGCCCUUUUUGACACGCGUGUGCUUCACUACCGCUCCAAGGAACCGGCCAUGUACGUGUGUGGGAGCGGGCGGGUGUUCUGGCUGUCUGAAUGAGCGUGUCCAUGUGUGACAGGCGGCAGCCAGGUGUGAUGACAAUCGUUGAAUCCAUCAUGCA